UUUCCUUUCAUCGUCAAAUGAAAUGCUCAGUAUUAAACGAUGAAGCUACUUACAGCAAAUAUAGAUCAAUGGAGGACCCUAAAUAAGCUGUUGUCUGUUAGGAGGAGAAUACUGGUUAGAAGUUUUCUACACAACAAGCCAAAAUAUUUGUCAAAGAUGUUCCAGAAAUUUACUGAUCUCCCAAAGCAAGGGGAGAUAACUUCAAUUAGUCACAGACUCUUUUUGGCCAAUGGAAUCUACUAUCCUAGCUCGCUAGGUGUAUUCACUCUUAUGCCUCAAGGUCUGAGAGCUCUACAAAAGUUAAUCAAGAUUAUAGACCAAGAAAUGGAAGCUAUAGGAGCGGAGAAAAUUCAGAUGCCAUCAUUGGUACCAAAACGCCUCUGGAAAACCACUGGGAGGUGGGAUGCAAUGGGAGCAGAGUUAUUCAGAUUAGAGGACAGACAUAAAAAAGGAUAUUGCCUUGGUCCUACACAUGAAGAAAUUGUUACAGAGCUGUUAGCCAGUCAGCUGAAUUUCCAGCACAGGUUCCCUACCAAGCUAUAUCAAAUAACAAAGAAAUUUAGAGAUGAACCAGCACCUCACCAUGGUUUUUUAAGAAGUAGGGAAUUUGAAAUGAAAGAUCUGUAUACUUUUCAUACCUCAGAGGAGGAUGCAAAAAGUACCUAUGAGGAGGUGAUUCAGGCUUAUGAGAAAAUUCUACAGAGACUUCAGUUGGAGUUUGUUAAAGCUGAGGCAGCCACUGGCUUGAUUGGGGGGUCUCAAUCACAUGAGUUUCACCUGAAAUGUCCAGGUGUAGGGGAGGAUCUAGUAUACACUUGUACCAGUUGUGGGUACAGUGGUAAUAAAGAAGUUCUAGAAAAAGAAGACGAAUGUUCAUCUUGUAAAUCCAAUAGACUGGAAUCAUUUAAUGCCAUAGAGGUAGGCCAUGCAUUCCUCUUGGGACAAAAAUACUCAAAACCUUUGGGGGCCAUGUAUAGAGCAGAAGAUCAGAAAAUGAAGGUGCUUGAGAUGGGAUGCUAUGGUAUGGGUGUGUCUAGGCUUUUACAGGCCUCCGUAGAAGUACAGAGUGAUGGGAAACACAUCAAAUGGCCCAGAUUGAUUGCACCAUAUCAGAUAGUGAUUAUACCACAAAAGAAGGGAGCAUCAGAUGAUGAAUUCAGAAAGUUAACAGAACUGCUAUAUGAACAGCUACAGUACAUACCAUCAACAGCAGGGGAGGUAAUUAUUGAUGAUCGGUUGUCAAUAACAAUCGGGAGAAGAAUUGUGGAUGCCAGGUGUCAAGGGUUUCCUUAUGCCGUUGUCAUUGGCAACAAGGCUAUUGAAAGAGAAGAUGGGCUGGAAGUGAUAGACAUUUAUUCUGAUAAUGAAUCUAUAACAAAUUUAACAAUAGCACAGGUGGCUGAUUAUUUCAGUAAAAAAUAAAAUCUCUCUAAAAUGU